AUGGCGCGAGCACUACAAUUGCAUCCCACGGAGCCCUCUCUCUGGCUCUACGCCGCAUCUUAUGAAUUCACGCACCGCAUGAACGCGCCUGCUGCGCGCACGCUGCUGCAGCGGGGGCUGCGCAUGUGCUGCCCGCAGCUCUCCGCUGGGGGAGGCGGGGGGAAGCCGGGGGGAGCCAGGGGAAGCGGGGGGGGCGCAGUGGGCGCUGGAAAAGGGCCAAAGGGAGGGGCGGGCGGAGGGGCGGGUGAGGAGCGGGCAGGUGUGACGAUUUCCGAGGCUGGGAACAUUUCGAUCGUGCCUGCCCGGGUUUUGGAGGCGUCUCGUCUGUUGUGGAGCGAGUAUUUGCGCAUGGAGUUGGUUCAUGCACGGAAGCUUAAAGCGAGACAGCUACUACUGGGGAUAGAGACUGAGGAGGGGGGUGGGCAGGGUGGAGGGGAGGGGGAGGGCGGGGAAGGGAAAGAGGAAGAAGGGGGAGAGGGAGUGGGAGGUGGGGAGGGCUCGGAGGGGGAAGGGAUGGAGCAGGACGAGGAGGGGAAGGAGGGGAAUGAGGAGAAGGAGGGGGAGGGGAAGGGGGAAGUUGGGAUGGGGGAUGGUAAAGGUGAUGGCAGCAGUGGGAAGAAAGGGAGCAAAGGGAAGAAAGGGAGCAGCAAACCAGUCUCGAGUGAUGAGCUGGCAGUGCAGGUGGCGACAGUGGUGUGCCGCACCGCAAUCAAAUCGAAUCCCAAAGAUCUGCUGCUGCGCGUGGCCCUGCUGGAAGCCCUGCGAUUGGGCGGCGGGCAAGCAGAGGCAGAGGCGGAAGAGGAAGAGGAGGAAGAGGAGGAGGAAGAGGAGGAGAAGGUGGAGGAAGGUGAGAGAGAGCAGGAAGGGAAAGAAGGGCAGGAGAACGAACAGGGGGAGAGGGCAGAAGGAGAGGAGGAGAAGGGGGAGGGAAGCGCCAAGGCAGCAGGCACGGAAGGGGGCAAAGGAGCAGAGCAAGGGGAGGGAGCAGGGAGGAAGGCGGGGCGGGCGCGGAGGCGGGUGGUAGAGCUGAAGGGGUUGGAUGCGGUGGAGGAGGAGGUGUGUGGCGGGCUGGCAGCCGCCUUCCCUGAGAGUGCCACGGCGCUUGAGGUGCUGGCUAGGCGGUGCUUGCGGCGGGGCCGCAGAAGAGCGGGAGCGGAAGAGGAGGCGGAGCAGGCUGCGUUGAAGCAAGUGGAGGCAGCAUCAAGCCUGGCAGCCCUGCAAGCCACAGUGGACGCACUCGUCACAGCAGCAGCCACCAUCGCCUCCCCCACCACCUCCUCUUCCGCGCUGCCCCCAUCACCUGCUGCUGCUACAUCUGCUGCUGCUGGGUCAGUUUCUGCACCUGCUGUCAGCAGCACCGAGGACCCAUCAUGGCACGCGCGGCAUCUACUGGCAGCGGUGCAGUGUGCCGCCCUUGCCACUGCCAAGAGGCGCUUUGGCAUCGCUGCCGCCCGCCAGCUGUACGCCAGGUUCUUCUCGCUCCCAUUCGCCUCAGAGCCGCUCUUCCUGAGCGCCAUUCACAUGGAGCGCGAGUGGGAGACGGAGCAGAGUGGGAAGGGAGGGAAGACCGCGGAGAGGAGGAAGGGCAGUGGGCACGUGGAGCGUCUGUUUGACUCGGCGCUGCAGCGAUUCGGUGCCUCCAGUGCUGAUCUCUGGCUGGCGUACUGCCAAUACGCGCUUGAGGUGAACGACACGGGCCUGCACUUGACCAUCCACUGGAAGGCGUGCCACUCGCUGCCCGAUGCAGUCGGGUAG